GGGCCGUUUCAAACAAUUUUGUCGGCGACAGACGUUAUUAAUCAUACUCACAACACACACACACACCCUAAUUCCUAUUUACUCCUAAUUAAUUCUAUUCUCUCUCUCUCUUUUUUUUUUUUUUUAUAUAUAUAAUUAAUUUAAUUUAAUUAUUUCUUCUUCUAAUCUAACAAACACACACCAAAGGGCAGAAUUUCUUCACCCAAAUUCUCCUCUCCUCCCACCCUUUUUUUUUUCUUUCUUUUUUUUUUUAAAUUUUAAUUUUCUCUCUCUUUGUGUGUUGUGUGUUGUGUUUGUGCAUUUAGAAAGCUGUCAUUUCAUUUCUCUAUACUGUCCUUCCCUUUCUUUCUUCCUUCAUUCACAAUUCCCUUUUCUUCCUUCUCCCUCGCCGAUUUUCGCUGCCUUCCUUCCCCUUCUCCUUCGGCGUUUUGGAUUCUGCAUCUCGUUUCUCUUUUCUUUUUGGUCAUUGUCGUCUCUGGCUUUGACCAAUGAGGAUGCUGCUAGUAGCAUUGCUUUUGUUUCUACAAUUGAGCAAUGCUGCAAGAAUAAUCGGUGAAGAGCUCGCGGGACAGUGCGAUUCUAAACCAACAUUAGAUCCAAGACCACACAGUGUUUCUAUCUUGGAGUUUGGGGCCGUUGGAGACGGAAAAACUCUCAACACCAUUGCCUUCCAAAAUGCCAUUUUCUAUCUUAAGUCCUUUGCUGAUAAGGGUGGAGCUCAGCUUUAUGUUCCACCUGGAAAAUGGCUUACUGGAAGCAUUAAUCUUACCAGCCACCUUACCCUUUUCCUGGAAAAAGGUGCUGUGAUUCUUGGCUCUCAGGACCCAUCUCAUUGGGAACUUGUCAAUCCCUUGCCUUCAUAUGGGAGAGGUAUUGAAGUUCCAGGAAAACGAUACCGGAGCUUGAUAAAUGGCUACAAUUUACAAGAUGUUGUAAUAACAGGCGAUGAUGGAGUCAUUGAUGGACAGGGUUUAGUUUGGUGGAAUUGGUUCAGCUCUCAUUCAUUAAACUACAGCCGCCCUCACCUCGUGGAAUUUGAGGAUUCUCAAUAUGUAGUUGUUUCAAACCUCACUUUCUUGAAUACUCCUGCAUAUAACAUUCAUCCAGUCUAUUGCAGUAACGUCUAUGUUUACAACAUCUCUGUCUAUGCACCUUCUGAAUCUCCCUACACAGUUGGAAUAGUCCCAGAUUCCUCCGAUCAUGUAUGCAUAGAGGGCUGCAACAUUGCCACAGGAUAUGAUGCCAUUGCCUUGAAGAGUGGUUGGGAUCAGUAUGGUAUUGCCUAUGGCAGACCAUCUAAAAACAUACACAUUAGAAGGGUCCACCUUCAGUCAUCUUCAGGUUCUUCCAUUGCCUUCGGUAGUGAGAUGUCUGGUGGGAUAUCUAAUGUUCUUGUGGAGCAUGUACAACUGAACAACUCAUUUAUUGGCAUUGAAUUUAGAACUACCAAGGGAAGAGGGGGUUACAUUAAAGGAAUAGUUGUUUCAGAUGUUGAAAUGGAAAACAUAUCCACGGCAUUCAGUGCCUCUGGUCACUUCGGUUCACAUCCGGAUGAUGAGUAUGAUCCUAAUGCUCUUCCAAUUGUGCAGGACAUAACCUUACAGAAUGUGAGAGGCACCAACAUUAAAAUUGCUGGAAACUUUUCUGGGAUACAAGAAUCUCCUUUCACUUCAAUUUAUUUAUCCAACAUUACCUUUUCAAUCAAUUCAUCUUCUUCCACUUCUUGGAUCUGUUCAGAUGUUUCUGGUUUUUCAGAAUCUGUGAUCCCCCCACCCUGUUCUGAUCUCAGUACUCCAUAUUCAAUUUCUUCCUCAGCAGCCUCUCCCCUUGUGAAUUCAACUGGAAAGACUGCUGUUUUAUGAAAACCCUUUCCUUCCAAGGGUACACCAAUAUAUAUUUCAACCCCCAUUCUACAUGAGGGAAAAUACCAAAACUUUCAACCAUUGCCUUCUCCAAGUCAAGCCAGAUUCUUUCAAAUAAAAACCACAUGUCUAGAUUACUUGUUUCUUCAUUCUCUUAGAUUUGCUUUCUUCCAUGUUGCACUCUGCAGAUUUAUUUGUACAGUUCCAUUUCUUCAUUCACGUGUAAGGAAAUUUUUGGUAGUGAUUUUACAGGUCUUUUGGUAUUGUUUGUGUUGCUUUUUUAAAUUAUUCCCCCUCCCUCCCCCUCCUCAAGAGCUUGGUGCAUUGUAAUUUCACUGUAAAUUGUUCAUUUGUUGUGAAGGGCUGAAAGGAUAAAACUCUAGUUGAUGUGAAAAGCAAUUCAUGUGGAGCCAAGUGAUUGGAAUAAAGGGAUCUUGGUGACACUCUACUGCUUGUUAAGUAAAUUAAGAUGGGUGUUUUUUUUCCAA